GAGCUGAGAGGGCAGGGCGGGGAUCGGAGCUAUCGCGACAGCGGCGAGAGCGGCGCCGGGAUCUCGGGUUUGCAGCUUCCGGGCUCCAUUGUGAGGCGGCUCCAGCCCGCUCCAUCCGGCCGCGAGCACUCGGGACCCGGGGCUGGCAGCGAGCUAAGCCCCUCCGCAUAGAGCCUCAGAAGUAGCUUGUCCAGAGCCGCCCAGAGGUCGAAAUGCAGCAGGAAGAGGAGAAGGAAGAUAAAAAAAAGACAGAGGAAAAAGAAGUUCAGCAGGGUGAAUUUAAAGCUGCCGCGGACCACUCUGAGCCAGCUGAGCAGUGCCCCGAGUGCGGGCAGAGCCUCCCGCCCGGCUGGCAGCCGGGGAAGCAGCAGUGCCCCCAGCCUGGCACCCAGCGCUUCAUCUGCACCCACUGCGGCCAGAGGCGCUCCGGCCUCCUGCGGCGGCAGCGGAGAGGCGCCCAGCCGGGCCCUAAGCUGCGGUUAGUCUGCGAGGAGUGUGGCAAGAGCUUUGCCGGCAGCUCUGCUCUCAGCCGGCACCAUCAAAUCCACGCGGGGAAGAAGCAGUUUCCCUGUGGUGACUGCGACAAGAGUUUCACCCACAGCUCUGCUCUCCUUGAGCACUGGCAUGUCCACACCGGGGAGAAGCCGUACAGCUGCCGUGCCUGUGGCAAGAGCUUUGUCAGGAGUUCCCAUCUCAAGCGUCACCACCUGAUCCACACCGGGGACAAGCCAUACACAUGUGGUGAAUGUGGCAAGAGCUUUGCCACCAGUUUCAACCUUAACAGUCACCGCCUCACCCACACCGGGGUGAAGGCAUACAGCUGUGCUGACUGUGGCAAAAGUUUCUCCCACGCAUCUGCUCUCAGACGUCAUCAUCGCAUCCACACCGGGGAGAAGCCAUACAGCUGCGGUGUCUGUGGCAACAGCUUUGCCAGGAGCUCUGAUCUCAGCCGGCACCGGCAAACACAUGCUGAGAAGAAGCAGUUCCCCUGCAGCGACUGCAGCAAGAGUUUCACCACCAGGUCGGCUCUAAUCGAGCACUUGAAUGUCCACACAGGGGAGAAGCCUUACAGCUGUGGUGUCUGCGGCAAGAGCUUUGCCAGCAGCGCUGUUCUCAGGCGGCACUGUCAGACGCACGCUGACGAGCGGUUCUCCUGCGGUGACUGUGGCAAGAGCUUCACCACCAGCUCUGCUCUAAUCCAGCACUGGAAUGUCCACACUGGGGAGAAGCUGUACAGCUGUGGUGACUGUGGCAAGAGCUUUGUCAGAAGGUCUCAUCUUAACCGUCACCGCCUUGUCCACACUGGGGAGAAGCCGUACAGAUGCGGUGACUGCGGCAAGAGUUUUACCAGCAGCUCUGAUCUGAGCUGCCAUCAACGCCUCCACACUGGGGAGAAGCCCUUCCGUUGUGGUGUCUGUGGCAAGAGCUUUACCCACAGGUCUACCCUCAACGGUCACAGAGCCAUCCACACUGUGGAGAAGCCGUACAGCUGCAGUGAUUGCAAUAAGAGCUUCAAGCACAGGAGCAACCUGGCUCGGCAUCAGCGUAGACACAGCAACCAGAAGAUGAAGACCAGCAGCAAAGCUUCUGUGGGUCCCCGCUCCCAGUUCCACCACAACAACGAGAAUCAGGAGGAAGAUGCAGAGGAAGAGAAAGAGCAGCAGGAUAAAGACGAAGCUGCCACAGACCCCUCUGUGCCAGCUAAGCAGUGCCCCAAGUGCAGGCAGAGCCUCCCGCCCGGCUGGCAGCCAGGGAAGCAGUGCUGCCCUCAACCUGGCCCCCAGUCCCUCAUCUGCACCCACUGUGGCCAGAGGCGCUCUGGCCUCCUCCAGCAGCAGCAGGGAGGCACCCAGUUGGCCCCCAAGCUGCGAUUGGUCUGCAGUGAGUGUGGCAAGAGCUUUGCCAGCAAAUCUGGUCUCACCUGGCACCGUCGCCUCCACACAGGGGAGAAGCCAUACAGCUGUGGUGUUUGUGGUAAGAGCUUUGCCAGCAGCACUGUUCUCAUCAGGCACCGGCAAACACAUUCUAGAAAGAAGCAGUUCCCCUGCCGUGAGUGCGGUAAGAGCUUCACCAACAGCACUGCUCUGAUCCAGCACUGGCAUGUCCACACCGGGGAGAAGCCAUAUAUCUGCAGUGUCUGUGGCAAGAGCUUUGGCAGAAGUUCUCACCUUAACCGUCACCGUCAGCUCCACACUGGGCAGAAGCCAUACAGCUGCGGUGACUGUGGCAAGAGCUUCACCACCAGUUACCACCUAAAUAGGCACCGUCGUGUGCACACUGGCAAGAAACCUUAUGGCUGCAGUGUCUGUGGCAAGAGCUUUACCCAGUUGUCUACUCUCAGCCAUCACCAAGCCACCCACAGCAGGGAGAAGCCGUACAGCUGUGGUGUCUGUGGCAAGAGCUUUGACAACGCUUUCAACCUUAACAGCCACCGCUUCAUACACACAGGGGAGAAGCUGUACAGUUGCAGUGACUGCAGCAAGAGCUUCACCAGUGACUCUGCUCUUAGCCUGCACUGCCAAACCCAUGCUGGGAAGCAGCAGUUCACCUGCAGUGACUGUGGCAAGAGCUUCACCAACAGCACUGCUCUCCUAGAGCACUGGCAUGUGCACACCGGGGAGAAAGCUCCCAAGCGAGCCUUCGUUUAUAGGAGCAGUGGGGGCCCGAAAUUGAGAGCGCAGGGCGGGGAUCGGAGCUAUCGCGACAGUGUUAGAGCCGCGCCGGGAUCUCGUCCUCGCAGCUUCCGGGCUCCAUUGUUGGGCGGCCCCAGGCUCCCGCCCGCCCCGUCCGGCCGCGGGCGCUCGGCACCUGAGGCUGGCAGCGGAGCAGGACCUCCAGCAUGGCGCCUCGGAAGGAACUGGGCCAGAGCCACCCCGAGACCGAAAUGCAGCUGGAAGAGAAGGAGGAGGAGGAGAAAAAAAGAGAAAGAGGAGGAAGCAGAGAACGAGGAGGAGGGGAAGCACGAGGGGGAGCAGGAGGAAGAGAAAGGGCAGCAGGAUGAAGGUGAAGGUAAAGCUGCCGCGGAGCCCUGUGUGCCAGGCGAGCAGUGCCUCGAGUGCGGGCAGAGCCUCCCGCCCGGCUGGCAGCCGGGGAAGCAGCAGUGCCCCCAGCCUGGCACCCAGCGCUUCAUCUGCACCCACUGCGCCCAGAGGCGCUCCGGCCUCCUGCGGCGGCAGCAGAGAGGCACCCAGCCGGGCCCCAAGCUGCGGUUGGUGUGCGGUGAGUGUGGCAAGAGCUUUGCCAGCAGGUCUGCUCUCAGUCGGCAUCGGCAAAUCCAUGCUGGGAAGAAGCAGUUUCCCUGUGGUGACUGUGGCAAGAGCUUCACCGACAGCUCUGCUCUCCUUGAGCACUGGCACGUCCACAGCGGGGAGAAGCCGCACGUCUGUGGUGUCUGUGGCAGGAGCUUUGCCGCGAGGUCUUCCCUCAGCUAUCACCGUCGUGUCCAUGCCGGGGUGAAGCCGCAUGGCUGCGGUGUCUGCGGGAAGAGGUUUACCAGCAGCUCUUGUCUCAAGAAGCACCACCGCAUUCACACCGGGCAGAAGCCAUAUGGCUGUGGCAACUGUGGCAAGAGGUUUGCCGACAGCUUUGCUCUCCUUGAGCACCUCAACGUCCACAGCGGGGAGAAGCCCUAUGACUGCGGUGUCUGCGGCAAGAGCUUUGCCCACAGCUCUGUUCUCCGCAGGCACCGUCGCCUUCACACCGGGGAGAAGCCGCACAGCUGCGGUGUCUGUGGCAAGAGCUUUGCCACCAGUUCCUGCCUUAACAGUCACCGCCUCAUCCACACCGGGGAGAAGCCGUACAGCUGUGGUGACUGUGGCAAUACCUUCACAACCAGUUCCUAUCUCAAGAGUCACAACUUCACCCACACUGGGAUGAAAAGGUUUCACUGCUCUGACUGUGGCAAGAGCUUUGCCCACAGUAACAGUCUGAUCUAUCACCGUCUCAUCCACGCCGGGCACAAGCCACACAGCUGUGGUGACUGUGGAAAGACCUUCACCACCAGAUCCCACCUCAACACACACUGCCUCAUCCAUGCCAAGGAAAAGCUGUUCCAGUGCUGUCACUGUGGCAAGAGCUUCGCUCAGAGGUCUAAUCCCAAAUAUCACUGUCACAUCCACACCGGGGAGAAGUCGUACAGCUGCGGUGAUUGCGGCAAGAGCUUCACUACCAGUUUCUCUCUUAAGACUCACCUUCUCACCCACAUCGGGGAGAAGCCCUUCUGCUGCUCUGAUUGUGGCAACAGCUUUGCCCACAGUACCAGUCUGACACAUCACUGUUGCUUCCACACCAGGGAAAAGCCAUACAGCUGCAGUGACUGUAGCAAGAGCUUCACCCAGAGGUCUAAUCUCAAAUGUCACCGCCACAUCCACAGGGGGAAGCCAUACAACUGCAGUGACUGCAGCAAGAGCUUUGCCACGAGUUCUUAUCUUCACAGUCACUGCCUCAUCCACACCAGGGAGAAGCUCUUCCACUGCUCUGACUCCGGCAAGAGCUUUGCUCACAGUAAAAGUCUGAUCUAUCACCAUCGCCUCCACCCUGGGGAGAAGCCACACAGCUGUGGUGACUGUGGAAAGACCUUCACCACCAGAUCCCACCUCAACACGCACUGCCUCAUCCAUGCCAAGGAAAAGCUGUUCCAGUGCUGCGACUGUGGCAAGAGCUUCGCUCAGAGGUCUAAUCUCAAAUAUCACUGUCACAUCCACACCAGGGAGAAGCCAUACAGCUGCGGUGACUGCAGCAAGAGCUUCACCACCAGUUCUUACCUUAAGACUCACUGCCUCACCCACACUGGGGAGAAGCCCUUCCACCACUCUGACUGUGGCAAAAGCUUUGCCCACAGUACCAGUCUGACAUAUCACCGUCGCUUCCACAAUGGGGAAAAGCCAUGCAGCUAUAGUGACUGUGGCAAAACCUUCACCCACAGGUCUAAUCUUGAAUGCCACCGUGGCACCCACACUGGGGAAAAGCUGUACAGCUGCAGUGUCUGUGGCAAGAGCUUUGCCAGUACAUCUACUGUUAGCCGUCACCGUCACAUCCACACCAGGGAGGAGCCACACAGCUGUGGUGACUGCGGCAAGAGCUUCACCACCAGUUCUUACCUUAAGACUCACUGCCUCAUCCACACUGGGGAGAAGCCCUUCCACUGCUCUGACUGUGGCAAGAGCUUUGCCCACAGCACCAGUCUGACAUAUCACCAUCACCUCCACACCGGGGAGAAGCCAUACAGCUGCAGUGACUGUAGCAAGAGCUUCACCCAGAGGUCUAAUCUCAAAUGACACCGUGCCACCCACACCGAGGAGAAGCCACACAGCUGUGGCGUCUGUGGCAAGAGCUUUGCCAGCAGUUCUAAUCUCAGUCGUCACUGCCUCAUCCACACCUGGGAGAAACCAUACAGCUGUGGUGAGUGUGGCAAGAGCUUCACCACCACAUCACAGCUUAUAGUCACUGCUUCAUCUAUACUGGGAAGAAGCUGUACAGCUGUGGUGACUGUGGUAAGAGCUUCCGGAAGAACACUGACCUGAACAGACACCUGCACAGCCACAGCCACAGCCACAGCCACCAGAAGAAGAGUGGUAGCAAAGUAUCUGAGGGUCCCCACUCUCAGUGAAACCAGGAGGUGCCCAGCAGCCACGGGCCUAUCCUGACAGCCACAGUGCCAGGAUGCCCUGCCAGUAGAAUUGCCCCAACCUUGACCCUUCUGCUGGGUUCUGCUGUCCUGAUUUGCGGUGAGGCUGCACCGGUUGUUGCUGUGCCAUCCCCAAGCAGAGCCCCGAAACGUGCCUUGUUUGGAGGAGGGAGAUGAGAGGGAGAACAGUGUCAAAACUGGGCUGGGACCUCUAAGCUGUGCAUCCCAAGAUGGUCUCUGUAAGCCCUGCAAGAUGAUGUCACCAUCAUCUCCAAUCCUCACCAACACCAAGACUGGCUUGGUACACUCAGGGAUGAAGCAACUGUUCCAUGUUGCUGCAAGUCAGGGAUUCCAUGGAAAACAUGCCUGGAGCAGGGAACAAUCCCAAUAAAAGACUUUCCAAGGCUCUU